AUGGCCGAAGCAAUGAUUGUAGAUGAAGACGAAAAUGAUGAUUUUCCAGUAAAGGAAUUAUGGGGACUUGAUCAUCAUUUUAAGUCCUGUUUAAAAUUGUAUAUCUCUGAAAUACUUGCUGCUCCUUAUAACAAUCCUUAUCUAGGUGUAUUUGCUUAUAGAAAUCACCCAUUUCAGAAGGUUGAUAUAACUGGAAUUGUGGUAGGGAUGGAUGAACGGACCAAAUGUCACACUUACAUAGAUAUUGAGAGACAACAAUAUGGUAAAUAUAAACUACCAGGUUUGUUGGUGAAGAAGCUAGAUGAACUCAGUGUUCCUGUUGUUUAUGAACUAGGUGACUGUAUACAAGUAUGUGGGAAAGUAAAAGUUUUUAAGAACAUGAGAGAAAUUGUGUCUACAUAUACCAGUAUCCUUUGA